GCCCGGUUCCCGCAGGCCGCCCGCGUUCCUAUGGACAGACGCACAGACACCUGCAGGAAAGACUCUGCUGAUCCUGUAACAUGGAGGAUUGUCUUCAUACCUCAUCUGAGAAUCUGUCCAAAUUGGUCAGCUGGGCCCACAGCCAUGGGACCAUUUGCAGCCUCAUUCCAAACCUGAAGCACUUACUUUCUGAAGGUUCCCAUGGGAACCUGACUGCAAUGUGGGGCUGUAGUGCUGGCCAUGCUUACCACUGGCCACUGACAGCUACUUGUAGAGCUGGAUCUCAAGAAAGGGUCUGUUUCCAAGACAACCGAAGUUUUAAUUCUGAUAGUCCAAGUAUAAUUGGGGUGCCUUCUGAGACACAGACUAGCCCUGUGGAAAGGUACUCUGGGAGACCUGUGAAAGCAAAGCUGGACUGCAACCGGACCAGAGACUCUUGUGACUUCUCUUACUGCAGUGAGCCCUCUGAACUGGACGAAGCUGUUGAAGAGUAUGAAGAUGAAAACACACUGUUUGACAUGGUUUGUGAGUCUUCUGUCACAGAUGAAGAUAGUGACUUUGAACCUCAAACCCAAAGGCCUCAAAGUGUUGCUCGCAAAAGGCCAGGAAUUGUCCCUUCUUCCCUCCAUUCAGGCUCUCAGGCACAGCUGGUUGAUGAGUGCAGUAAUGAUGUCAUCAUCAAGAAAAUCAAGCAAGAGAUCCCGGAAGAUUACUACAUUGUGGCAAAUGCGGAGCUGACUGGAGGGGUGGACGGACCAGCCCUGUCAUUGACACAAAUGGCAAAGCCUAAAGCUCAGGCUCAUGCUAGUCCCUCCUGUGUAGGGUCUGCUAAGCUGAUUCCCCAUGUAACGUCUGCCAUCAGCACGGAGCUAGACCCACAUGUUAUGUCGGCAUCCCCAUCUGUGAUCUCCAGACCAAUCAUCCCAAAGACUUCUAGAGUAUCUCUGGCUUCACCAAAUAGAGGACCUCCUGGUGCCCAUGGUGCCACCCAGCAGGCAGCCAUGCAAAUGCCUGUGAGCACAUCCCAUCCUAACAAACAGAUCAGUAUCCCCUUGUCUGCCCUGCAGCUCCCUGGACAGGAUGAGCAAGUUGCUUCUGAGGAGUUCCUACCCCAUCUGCCCAGCCAAGUGUCAUCCUGUGAGGUAGCUCUUUCUCCUUCGGUUAAUACAGAGCCGGAAGUGAGCUCCAGUCAGCAGCAGCCCCCAGUUGCUCCAACCAUAACCACUGAGGCCACUGCACAGUGCAUACCAGACCAGGAUGAAAGAGCAGCUGAGCUCAGCAGGGAGCAGAACGAGAAAACCAUCCGGAGCACGCAGACUGCGCUCCGCAAUUUCCCUUAUUCUACUAAACUCAACAAAUUUCCUGUCUUUAAUAUUAAUGAUGACUUGAAUGAUCUGUGUACCAGUGCAGUAAGCCCAAACACCACCAAAGCCACGCGCUACGCCCUGAAUGUGUGGCGGUACUGGUGCAUGACCAACGGGCUCAAAGACCACACGGACAUCACCAAGAUCCCUGCCGUGAAGUUGAACGAGCUGCUUGAGAACUUUUACGUCACCGUGAAGAAGAGCGACGGCUCAGACUUCCUGGCCACGUCGCUGCACGCCAUCCGCCGCGGCCUGGACCGCAUCCUGAAGAACGCGGGCGUGGGCUUUUCCAUCACCAGCAGCACCUUCAGUUCUUCCACCAAGAAGCUCAAGGAGAAGCUGUGGGUGCUGAGCAAGGCAGGGAUGUCGGGAGCCCGCUCUCGCAAUAUCGUCUACUUCUCCCUGUCUGACGAGGAGGAGAUGUGGCAAGCAGGCUGUCUAGGGGACACCAGUCCUAUCACUCUCCUGUCCACUGUGGUCAAGUACAACAGCCAAUACCUGAAUAUGCGGACGCUGCAGGAGCAUGCAGAUCUGAUGUAUGGUGAUAUCGAGCUGCUUAAGGACCCACAAAACCAGCCCUACUUUGCCCGGACAGAUAGUGUCAAACGGGAGAGUCGGAGCAACUCCACUCGGGUGUGCCAUGGGAAGAUCUACCAUGAGCAUUCCAGGGGACACAGACAGUGCCCCUACUGCCUCCUCUACAAGUACAUGUACAUCCACCGACCACCCACCCAAAUGGAAGCCAAGUCUCCCUUCUACCUUACUGCCAGGAAGGAGGCCACAGACACAGGCAGCGUGUGGUAUGAGGAGCAGAGGAUGGGGCUGCGGUCUCUCCGGGGAAUUGUCCCGAAUCUAGCCAAGAAGGUCAAGCUGGACAACUGCGAGAACUUCACCUUCGUCUCAUUUACUCAGGUCUCCAGGAGGCUUGGCUCCCACAGCUGCGGCCAGUGAGCCUUCUCUGGGUCUAGACCAUUGCUCUGCCCACCUUCCUAGGAAGAGAACCCUCAGAUUCUGAGGAGGCAGAGACUGGCAUGUGCUACUCCAAGCUUGGGCCGGGCACCACUCUUGAGGUCUUUUUUUUUUUUUUAAGCGUAAGAGUGAUGAAUCUGAGUAAUUUGGUUGUUUUAUCCAGAUGUGUGUCACUUUGUUAAAUCACAGAAUCUAACACAAGUAUAACUGCUGUAUACAAGAGUAAGGAAAUUGAUUUUAUCUAGUGCCUUUUUAGCACAGGUUUCUUGAAGAAAAAAAAAAGGAAAAAAAUGUUUAAGUAGUCAUCAAAAACAAAACAAAAAAAAAUCCCAGUAGCCCAGUAGCUUUAGAAUUUUGUAAGGACUACACACUUUCUUGAAUUAUAUUCACAUAAGGACCUAGAAAGAGAGAGGCAGAUUUGUUAGAGAAAAACUGCCCUCUACACAUCUUUGUGUUUUGUUGGGGGAUACCUUGAUUCUGUGGGGCAAGUGGCCUCCUGAAAAUGGUCCCACAGCUUCUGCUAGCUGCAGUGAAAAAGCCAGCUUGGCUGUCACUGAGACAAGUCGAUGGAAACAUGACAAUGCUCCAAAAGAGUGCUGAUGAGAACAAGGUUUCCAGGGCAGCUUCCUGGUUUGUGCCAUGAGCAAAGUCCCAUAGUCAAAGAGAAGGGCUUGGAAAAGCCACCUGUGAUCCAAACGUGAAAACCUCCUGAAGCAGAAGUGCCUACGUCUGUCCUAGUCUCCACACCACGUGAGAGCACCUUCUGUUUGAGCUGUUUUAGAGUUCAUUUUUUUAAAUAUGUUCUUCAUAUUAUACAGUUGCUCUGUCAGCACACAGCACUGGAUGUAAAACAACCUACUAACAGUAAUGUUCAUGUUGAACCAGGAAAGUCCAACAAAAGAAGCUACAAAGAAAGAAAAUCCUCAGACGCAUUUAUUAAAGAGCUUGGAAUAGUUUUAUUAAAGUCAGACAUUUUUCUCCGCAAUAGAUGUUAUCACUUUAGGUUGGCGCCAAUGCGACACUGUGAUUUAGGCAGCCUACCAGGUAAGCAAACCCGGCAUGAGAGACAGUCGUAGAACCAGAGCAACAUGUUAGGCUGUUCGUGCAGCUUAAAACCAUUUCACUUGUGUAAAACUCAACCCAACUUUGUGUUAUUUAAAUGUCAGCAGAGUUUUCUAGUAACUAUUCUGAAUGCAACAAUAAGUGAAAAAAGGAGCCCAAAGAGUGCUAAUUAAUAGUAGUAAUUUUCUACUAUCUUUAUUUUAUAUUCAUGGAAAGACUGCUAUAACUGUACCAUUAAGUUUCUGUGUAUGCUUUCUAAUCCCAAAUUAAAAUUCCAAUAUAAA